CACGCUGUAGUAGCUCUGGUUAUUAUGAAUGUGUCACAUGGUAGGGAUUUAGCGUUAUGGCACAGUGGGGUGCGUGUGCCGUAUUUUGUCUGUUUACAAUUUUUGCAUAUGUGUCUGUUAAAGAUCUCUUUUCGUCGACUAGUGCAAGCAUAGAAAAACAAAUACCAGUAACAAAAAUUGACAGACUGACCGGACCUGUUUUGAAAUUUCACUACUGCUACUCGUGUGGAUAUGAGAAAGCAUUUCAAGAGUAUGCUAAUAUAAUACAGCAAAAGUAUCCCCAUAUUCGUGUUGAGGGAGAAAAUUAUCAGCCUCCCAGAUUAAGUCUGGUUAUAUCUAGGAUACUGUCUGUUUCCAGACUUUCCCUCAUAUUUUUAAUUAUUACUGGUUUCAACAUCUUUGAAAUAUUUCAAAUUGCUCAACCAGUAUGGUGGUCAUGGUGCAUUGACAAUAAGAUUUAUUCUUCCAUGAUGGUGUAUUUUAUGUGCAAUUCAUUUGAAAGCAUGCUGAUGUCCACUGGAGCUUUUGAAAUAACAUUUAAUGAUGUUCCGGUGUGGUCAAAAUUGGAAACAGGAAGAAUACCGCAACCUCCAGAACUCUUCCAAAUAAUUGAUAAUACAUUACAGUUCCAAAAUAAAGCUGACCUAAAACCUAACUUUCCUAAAUAAGUUUCAAAAGAGUGUUGUGCCACAGCCCUGUGAAAUGUAUUUUAUAAUGUUAUUUAACAACUGUGAUACCAUUAUAGAGUGUGAACAUGUUUAUGUUACCUAAGAAGCCUGGGUUAAAUGUGAAAUAUUUAUUAUUUAUUUUGUUGAGAGAUUUAUAUAAAAUAUAUAAUACUGUGUGUGAGAGAGAGAGAGAGAGAGAGAGAGAGAGAAAAGAGGGUAUAUUUAAAUAUGCUAAAACAAAAUACGAUAGCAUUAGAUCAGUCUUGUCUAAUGCAUUAUUUAAAUGGACCACAUAAUAUUCACUUCUGCUAGAAUUAAUUUUUCUUUGCAUUUGUGUCGCUAUAUCAAGUAUUGUUUCAAAUACAUUCUGUUUUCAUUACUCA